UACAUCGAAGCCAUCAGCAACAAGCAAGGCGAACUGGAAAACUACGUCUCUGAUGGCUACAAGACAGCUCUCACGGAAGAGAGGAGACGGUUCUGCUUCCUGGUAGAGAAACAGUGCGCGGUGGCCAAGAGUGCUAUCACCUACCACGCCAAGGGGAAGGAGAUGCUGACCCAGAAGCUGCCGCUGUGGCAGCAGUCCUGCGCAGACCCCAACAAGAUCCCGGAGCGCGCCAUCCAGCUGAUGCAGCAGAUGGCUGCCAGCAGCAAUGGCACCAUCAUGCCCAGCCCUCUGUCUACAUCCAAAUCCAACCUCAUCAUCUCUGACCCCAUCCCCGGUGCCAAACCUCUCCCUGUCCCCCCGGAGCUGGCACCUUUUGUCGGAAGCAGUUUGUCCCGGUGGGGAAUUAAACCCAAGAGGCUGAAGCUCUGGGUGCAGGCCAUUUUCUCGCACGCUGCCGGAGAUAACAGCACCCUCCUGAGCUUCAAGGAGGGGGACCUCAUCACGCUGCUGGUUCCAGAGGCCAGGGAUGGCUGGCAUUACGGGGAGAGCGAGAAAACAAAAAUGAGGGGCUGGUUUCCUUUCUCCUACACACGGGUCGACAGCGAUGGCAGCGAGCGGGUCCAUGCCAGCCUGCAGCAAGGGAAGAGCAGCAGCACCGGGAACCUGCUGGACAAGGACGACAUCGCCAUCCCGCCACCCGACUAGUUGGCCUCGCAAGCCUUCCCGGCACAGGGCAGCAACACCUUCAAGCAGAGGCCGUACAGUGUGGCCGUGCCUGCCUUCUCCCAGGGUCUCGAUGACUACGGGUCGAGGUCCGUCAGCAGGUAA